AUGCAUAUCCAGUCGAUUCCCAUGUGGGUGGGCAGUAGUAACAACUACGCCUACUUGGUCAAGGACGACAAGACCAACGACGCCGUCAUCAUCGACCCGGCCAACCCGUCCGAGGUGACGCCCGUGUUGCAAAAGGCUAUCAAGAGCGGCGGGAUUAACCUGACGGCCAUCGUCAACACGCACCACCACUGGGACCACGCCGGCGGAAACAAGAAGCUCCAAGACGAGCUGGGGCUGGAUGCGCUGGCCGUCAUCGGCGGCAAGGACUGCGAGGGCGUGACGCGAACGCCGGGCCACGGCGAGUCGUUCACCAUUGGCGACGGCAUCUCCGUCAAGGCGCUGCACACGCCGUGCCACACGCAGGACAGCAUCUGCUGGUUCAUGCAGGACGGUGACCAAAAGGUUGUCUUUACGGGCGACACGCUCUUCAUCAGCGGCUGCGGCAAAUUCUUUGAGGGCAACGCAGAGGAGAUGCACAGCGCGCUGAACAAGACGCUGGCUUCGCUGCCCGACGACACGCUCGUGUUUCCCGGCCACGAGUAUACCAAAUCCAACGUCAAAUUCGCCGCGUCGGUGCUGCAGAACGAGGCGAUCCAGAAGCUGCAGGCCUUUGCGGAGAAUAACAAGGAGACGCAGGGCAAGUUUACGAUUGGAGAUGAAAAGGUCAGCCCUGUUGUUCCCUUGCCCGUCCCGAGAGGUUGUUUUUAUGCGCGGUUGUCACUCGACGAAAGGGAAAGGAGGGAGGAGAAUGCGCUAACGACGGGCUUCCCACAGAAACACAACGUCUUUAUGCGCGUCGAGGAUCCCGAGAUUCAAAGGGUGACGGGGGAGAGCGAGCCCGUUUCUGUCAUGGCGAAGCUGCGUGAGAUGAAGAACAACUUCAAGUGA